AUGAACGAGGAUGUUGAAUCCAUGGCUGAUCGCGUGAGACGAGUACGGUCCGACUCGAGAGAUCUUCGGAAUUACUACAACAUCAAGAUCUCUGAAAGACGUCACAAACGGUUGAGCCAAUUCUAUAAAGAUGAAUUGGACGCUCUCUUCCAGGUGCCCUUCCAGGAUCUUGGCCAGCAAGGCAGAGCCGACUUUUUACUUCUGCGAAACUACCUCAAGCGAGGGCAGCGACAGCUCAAUCUCGAUCAAAAAGCACAAGAAGCAGCGAUGCCUCUGUUGCCUUUCGCGUCAAUCAUCGUAUCACUGUGCGAGUCGAGACAAGAUGUCAAGCCAAUGGAAGCAGAGAAGACUGCCGAGUUAUUGAACAAAGUCGCAGUUGAAACAUCAAAUGUCCAACACCAAGUGGAAGAAGGCAAAGUAAAAGUCAGCAAGCACAGUGCGCACAAAGCUGUUCAGAUUGUGGCCGAACUGCGAAAACAUCUGCACGAGUUUCUGAGCUUCUACACUACGUACGAUCCCAUGUUUGACUGGUGGGCAACCACACCAUGGAGAGAAGCAAACGCCGCUUUACAGCACUAUCAGUCUGUGGUACAAAGCAGACUGGCCGGAGUACGCCACGAUGGCCAUGAUGAGAUCUUUGGGCAACCGAUCGGUAGAGACGGACUACUCGUGGAAUUGGAAGCUGAGAUGAUUCCCUACGCACCUGAAGCACUGAUCGAUAUCGCAAAAGAACAGUACAAAUGGUGCGAGGCGCAAAUGAAGAAGGCCUCAAAAGAACUCAACUUUGGUGAUGACUGGAAGAAGGCCCUCGAACACGUCAAAACAAAGUCUGUUCCUCCCGGCGAACAAACCCAACUCGUCCUCCAGCUCGCUCGCGAAGGCACAUCUUUCGUUCGAGAGCACAACCUUGUCACCGUGCCUGAAAUCGCCGACGAGACAUAUCGAAUGUUUAUGAUGUCUCCAGAACGUCAAAAGGAAUCGCCCUUCUUUCUUGGUGGUCCUUCGAUACUCGUCGCUUCCCCGACGGCAGACAUGUCGCAUGAGCUCAAGAAGAUGGUCAUGAGAGGAAAUAAUAGGCACUUUUCUCGUGCUACGGCUUUUCACGAACUCAUACCUGGACAUAGGCUGCAGUUAUUCAUGGGCGAACGACAUCAUAGUCACCGCCAGAUGUUUACUACCUCCUUCUUUGUUGAAGGCUGGGCCAUGUACUGGGAGAUGGUGUUUUGGGAGAUGGGCAACUUCUUCAUCUCACCCGAGGACCGCAUCGGUACAUUAUUCUGGCGCAUGCAUCGCUGUGCCCGUAUAAUCUUCUCUCUCAAGUCUCACCUGGGUGAGAUGACGCCUCAAGAAUGCAUCGAUCUUUUGGUCGAUUGGGUUGGUCAUGAGCCGUCCAAUGCUGAAGCUGAGGUGAGACGGUCUUUCAACGGGGACUAUUCGCCGCUGUAUCAAGUGGGAUACAUGAUUGGUGCGCUGCAGAUGAUGGAAUUGAGGAAAGAGGUGUUGAGCUCGAGAAAUUACAGCGAAAAGGAGUUCCAUGAUUGCGUUUUGAGGGCGAAUACGAUGCCUAUCGAGUUGCUGAGGGCAUUACUGCUUGGACUGGAUCUGACGCCAGAUUACAAGGCGCAAUGGAGGUUUUACUCAUCAUGA